AUGGUAGUUGGAGGGGAUGAAGAUUCGGGCACUGCUAUUGGCGAUUAUGAUCGUGACGAUGACGAUGAUGUCUAUGUACAAGUAGCGCAAGAAAGCUCCGAUGAGGUUACUACCGAAUCCCAAAAUGUUCCUUCCCUCCCCGGAGUAAUUGAUAUUUCUCAUCCAAGUAGACUACUAUGCAAAUCCUUCGACUAUUCUUUUGACGGUAAUGCAAUAAAACUGGUCGUCUCUAACAAGGGUGUUAGCGUCUCCAAGCUUGUGAACGAUACUGAGACUGUAUGGACUCCUUCAUCUGGAGAAAUAAUUGACCAUACUAAAGUCUAUAUUAACAAGGAUGGUAACCCUGAACUUGCUCUUUUAGUAACUACUUUAUCUGGUACUUCUAAGGAAACUUAUCUUGAACUUAAAGAUGGGAAGUGGGUAUCUUCUAAUAAUAAUGAAGAGAGAAUCUGA